AUGUCGGGUUAUGCCAAAUUUAUGAAGGAGUUAGUCACAAAGAAAAGGAGCUUGAAUUUUGAGACAAUCAAAGUUUCUCAUAGUUGUAGUGCAAUUAUGACUAAGGAGAUGAUCAAAAAGAGAGAAGAUCCAGGAGCGUUCACCAUCCCUUGCACCAUCGGUAUGCUCCAAUUUGCUAAAGCCCUAUGCGAUUUGGGAGAAAGAAUCAACCUAAUGCCAUAUGCGAUCUAUAAACAACCUGGGUUAGGUGAACCGAAAGCCACAACAAUGAGACUCGUGAUGGCGGACCGAUCAAUUAAACAUCCUGUGGGGAUACUAUAUGACAUAUUGGUAAAGGUUGACCGAUUCACUUUCCCGGCUGAUUUUAUCAUUCUCGAUUGUCAAAUAGAUGCUGAAAUUCCCAUCAUUUUGGGAAAACCAUUCUUGGCAACCAGGAGAGCGUUGGUGGAUGUUGAAAGUGGAGAAUUGAAGUUUCAGGUGAACGAAGAUAAAGUAACCUUUAAUGUUUGUAAGUCAAUGAAACACCCAAGUGAUAGUCACGUGGUCUCCACUGUUGAUGUUAUUGAUGAGGGGGUGGCUAGUGUGAGCCAUUUGAUGUGUGUGAGUGAACCACUUGAAGUUGUGCUUUCUAACUAUGAUGAAUUCAAAAUUCAAGGCUAUGAAAAGGUAGUUGCUGCUCUUUCAGGCUUGGGAGGUAAAUUGCUCCUUGAGGUGUUGAGAAGGCAUAUCAAAGCUAUAGGUUGGACUAUCUCUGAUAUAGUCGGCAUUCCUCCCGGUAUUUGCACUCACAAAAUUCAACUUGAUAGCGAUUGUAAACCGAGUGUUGAACAUCAGGGAAGAUUGAACUCACCGAUGCAAGAGGUGAUGAAAAAAGAGAUAAUAAAGUGGUUGGACGCAGGUGUGAUCUACCCUAUUGUGGAUAGCAAAUGGAUGUUGUUCGGGUUAUGUAAUGCUCCGGCAACAUUUCAACGUUGCAUGUUAUCUAUUUUUGGUGACAUGGUGGAAGAUUCAAUGGAGGUAUUCAUGGAUGACUUCUCGAUUGUGGGUGACACUUUUGAAGCAUGUUUAGCACAUGUAGGACAAGUUCUCCAAAGAUGUGUGGAGAGAAAUUUGGUCCUAAAUUGGGGAAAAUGCCACUUCAUGGUUAAGAAAGCGAAGGGUGUUCGUAGUUUCUUGGGACAUGCCGGUUUUUAUCGGAGGUUCAUCAAAGACUUCUCAAAGAUUGCACAUCCUCUAUGCAAACUCUUGGAGAAGGAGGUGAAAUUCCACUUUGAUGAUGCUUGCAUGGUGGCUUUCAAGUGCUUGAAAGAAAUAUUGGUCUCCACCCCGGUUAUCAUUAGUCCCGAUUGGUCAGAAUUCUUUGAAGUAAUGUGUGAUGCAAGCGUUACAGAACAAGAGUUACUUGCGGUAGUUUAUGCAUUUGAGAAGUUCCGGGCAUACUUGCUAGGUAUUAAAGUGAUUUUUCACAUUGAUCAUGUUGCACUGCGUUAUCUGAUGGCAAAGAAGGAUGCAAAGCCAAGAUUGAUAAGGUUGGAAGUCAAGGAAAAUGACGAGCUGGAGAUCGACAUAAAUGAUUCUUUUCCCGAUGAACAUGUAUUCACAGUAACUCUCAAACAACCUCUUUGGAUGAACCAUAUUUAUUCAGAGAGUGUGCAGACCAUAUCAUUAGGAGAUGUGCCGGAAGAAGAAGCCAUCGAAAUUCUCCAUGAUUGUCAUGCUUCACCGGUUGGGGGUCAUCUUGGUGGUGUACGUACAACUGCUAAAGUCCUCCAAAGUGGCUACUACUGGUCGUACCUCUACAAACAUGCUCAUGAGUUUGUUAAGAAGUGCACUCAAUGUCAAAAACAAGGUGGAGUGUCCAAAAGACACGAGCUGCCUCUUACGCCCAUUUUAGAAGUUGAGCUAUUUGAUGUUUGGGGAAUAGAUUUCAUGGGCCCAUUUGUGAGUUCGUUUGGUAAUAAGUAUAUCUUGGUGGCCAUAGAUUAUGUUUCUAAAUUGGUGGAGGCUGUUGCACUUCCAAACAAUGAAGGGAAAAGUGUUGUUCAAUUCCUGAAACGCUACAUCUUUGCUAGAUUUGGUACUCCUCGGGCUAUUAUUAGUGAUGGGGGAUCCCACUUUUGCAACAAGUGGUUCUCAGCCGCAUUGAAUAAGUAUGGAGUGAAACACAAAGUAGCAACUCUUCCCCAAACGAGCGGCCAAGUUGAAGUGUCAAAUUGGGAGAUCAAAAACAUCUUGGUCAAGACAGUGAAUGCUAAUAUGACUGAUUGGUCUUGA